AAUGUUUACAGAAUUUUUACAGCAUUGGAAAACGUUAAGAAUGUUUGUCCUCCUACAGAAACCAUAUUAAAACAAAAAUAUAUAUUUCCCUCCACCAUCUUUUUCCAUUUUCAAACUUUUUUUUCCAAAAGACCAGGUCACCCAGGCGCCCGCCGUGGACCACCACAAAGAACACUAUGCACCGGAUCCUUAUGCUUGCCACAGCAGCUCAUGAAGUAAAGGGCGGCGCCCGUUAGUGCUAUUUAAAGGGAUCCAACCCCUGCCCGGUUCUCCACAUCUUUGUCCAACCUUACGAUGUCACUCACGUGGAGGUUAGUUCUGCUCUGCUGGCUUGCUGGUGCAUGCCAAGCUGCUGAGGUAUGUUUAGGUGAGCUCGGCUGCUUCAGUGACCUGCCCCCGUGGGGGGGCACCCCCCAGAGACCAGCCAGCGUCCUGCCGUGGCAAGCUGAACACAUCGGCACCCGUUUCCUUCUCUUCACCCGGAGGAACAGCUACUACCAGGAGAUCAAGACUGACAAAACCAUUCAGGCUUCGAACUACAGCGGCUUGAGAAGGACUCGAUUCGUCAUUCCUGGUUACCUGCAAGAAGGAGAUGAGGAUUGGCCACAAGGGAUGUGCAAGGACAUCGUGAAGAAGGAGAACGUCAACUGCAUCGCCGUGGAGUGGAAGAAGGGUGUGAGGACUCAGUAUGCCCAGGCGGCCAAUAAUGGCAGGGUGGUGGCUGCCCAGGUGGCGUCCAUGCUGACGUUUCUCAUGGAAAACUACAAGCAGACAUCUGAUAAGUUCUACAUCAUCGGUCACAGCCUCGGCGCUCACGUUGCUGGAGAAGUUGGUAGCAAGAUCAGCGGACUCGCACGUAUCACGGGACUGGACCCAGCUGAACCUUACUUCAGUGACACAAUUGCAGCCGUGCGUCUGGACACAACUGAUGCCACCUUUGUGGAUGUCAUUCACACUGACGGACUUCCUUUCAACUCCAAACUUGGUCUUGGUAUGGUUCAGCCCCUUGGACACGUUGACUUCUACCCCAACGGAGGGGAGCUGAUGCCUGGUUGCAACGCUAACAAGGGCAAUCCAAAAGACCUGGAUGCUAUCUGGCAAGGUACCAGAAGGUUCGACCCCUGCAAUCAUGUGCGAGCCUACCAGUACUACAAGGAGAGUAUCGCCAAACCUCAGGGCUUUGUUGGAUUCCCUUGCUCCGAUGCGGACACUUUUGUAGCUGGAAAGUGUUUUCCAUGCGGUGACGACAUAUGUCCUCUGAUGGGCUUCAUGGCGGAUUGGAGACCUGUGACGAAUACCACCUCCAAGUACUUCGUUACCACAGGAAGUUCUGACCCCUUUGGACGAUACAGCUACAACAUCAAGGUCACCUUGGAUGGCCCCAGCUGGUCCAACCCAGGAUUCAUGUACGUGGCCCUGGCUGGACAACGCCUCUUCACCGAGGAGCACCGGAUUCAUGUGGGUAUGAUGAAGCCAGGAAAGACGUAUGAAGUGCGUGUUGAUGCCGAGGUAGACGUGGGCGAAGUGACAGAGGUGAGAUUCCGCUGGAACAACCACAUCGUCAAUCCUUUGAAUCCCAAGUAUGGAGCAUCCAAGGUGGAGCUGCUGGGGGGAGACAAGAAGAUAAGUUAUUUCUGUGGAAAAGAAAAUGUGGCGGAGAAUGUGAUCCAGGCGGUCCUUCCAUGCCAAGAAUAACAACCACUGUUAUGCAUCAAUCGAUAAAGGCUGGAGAUCAUUUUUAAUAAAGAUGCUGAAUGCAAACCAUUUGUCUUAUUUUCAGU